AUGCUACUAGGUGAGGCGCCGUAUGUAGAGGGGUACUUAUCUUAUCACCCUAGCGUAAUUUUACCAUUUUCCCCCUCUUUUUUUUUAUCAUUUUUUUUUGGUCUUUUUGCUUUUUACUUCUUCUACCCUCCCCCCCUCCAUCUUCUCUUUCCUCUCAUCAUGUCCUCCUCCACCCUUCCAGAUGCCUCCCAAGUCGGACUCCCCGCCUCCGAUGCCUCCCGCGCCGCCGAACUCGCCAGUCUUAAGGUAAAGCUCCGCGCUGGCCUGCGCCAGUUCCCGGACUUCCCCUCCCCGGGAAUUUUGUUCGAGGAUAUCAUGCCCAUCUUCGCCGACUACACCCUGCACGAGGCUCUCAUCCGCUCUCUGGAACUCCACAUCCUUGAAAACCACGGUGGCCAGAAGCCCGAUGUCAUCGUCGGCCUGGAGGCCCGCGGCUUCCUCAUGGGUCCCAGCUUGGCCCUGCGUCUCGGUGCCAGCUUCGUCCCUGUGCGUAAGCAGGGCAAGCUCCCCGGUCCCUGUGACACCGUUGCAUACGAGAAGGAGUACGGCAAGGACUUCUUCCAGAUGCAGUCCGAUGCCAUCAAGCCCGGCCAGAAGGUCCUCGUCAUCGAUGACAUUAUCGCUACCGGUGGCUCUGCCUACGCCGGUGGUGAGCUGAUCCAGAAGAUGGGCGGUGAGCUGAUGGGCUUCAUCUUCCUCCUCGAGCUCGAGUUCCUUCACGGCCGCGACAAGCUCUCUGCCCCGGUCUACACCCUCCUCUCUGGCCAGGCUUAA